AUGAUUAUAUUUUUAUCGGGUUAUAGACAUGCCGAGGUUAACGCAAAAUACAGCGAAGAUUUGGCGAGAGAAAGUCUAGAAUGGAUUGCAUCUAUAACCCAAGAUGAUAUUAAUACAGCCGGUGAUAUGGACAAUUUUUAUGACGUACUUAGAGACGGCACGCUUUUAUGCAAGGUUUUUGAAAAUGAAGAUGAUCUUCUAAACCACCUUAAAUUUCGAAAUCAUAAAUUUCCUGAAAUUAGACAAACUAUAGGUGAUGUUGCUAGAAUGGAAUUUUUAAAACAAAAAGAUGUUUUAACUGCAACUAGUUCAACAAUAUCUACCUUCAAUAUAUGCCCAAAUGAAGAAGAUAAAAAUACUUUUUUUCGAGUAUAUGCAAAAGGGUUCGGAAGGCGCAAAAUUAAAAAAUCACGUUUUAAUGAAAAACAAAAAGAUUUUGUUGGCAACCUUUUUGAAGAAGCAAAGGUACAAUACAACUUUGGGGAUAGGUUAAACAAAUAUUGGAAAUAUUCCCCAACACCAGAACAAAACACAAAGUGCUUAAAGUACUUUUCCCAGCGAUGUUGGCAUCUUCAGAAGCAAAGUGAAGAUGCCAACAUCGUUGGUGAAAAAGUACUUGGGAAUAUUUCUAAUACUUGUUUGAAAGUAAGAUUGGUAAAUACAAUUAAGCCCGGCAGUGUAAAGAAAGUCAACACUUCCGCCAUGGCCUUCAAAUGCAUGGAAAACAUCAACGCCUUUUUGGAAGCUGCCAGAGACUUGGGAGUUCCCGCUCAAGAAACAUUCCAGACCGUCGACCUGUGGGAGAGGCAAAACCUCAACUCGGUGGUCAUCUGCCUUCAGUCGCUAGGAAGAAAGGCCGGCCAGUUUGGAAAGCCCUCGAUCGGGCCAAAAGAGUCCGAGAAGAACGAGAGGAUGUUCUCCGAAGAGAAGCUCAAGGCUGGCCAAACAAUCAUUGGACUCCAAAUGGGAAGCAACAAGGGAGCCACUCAAUCGGGAAUCAACUUUGGAAACACAAGACACAUGUGAAGCAAAUACUCCUUCUAAAACCAUAGAUUGUCAAUUCGUUUCAUAUUUAUUUCCUACCUUCAUAACUUAGUCUGUAUAAGUUACAAAAAUGGGCACAUAAACAGUGCCAAAAUUAUUUAUAUGAAGUUAAAUAAGAUUACUAGACGUUAUUUUUUUAAAUAUUGUUAAGACAUUAAUAAAUAUAGGAUGUUAUUUCAAUAGGACCAAUAAAACUUAAGUUUAAA